AUGUAUAAAUCAUUAAUUCUUGUAUUGGUUGUUCUUAUUGGUGCUGUUGCAGCUGAUAAGCGUCCAUUGAAAUUACAAUCAAGUCAUAUUCAACGUAUUGGCAAACCACUUCAUCAAGGAAAUGUCGGUCUUGAUUGGUGUCCACAAUGUAUCGACACUUGGGAUGAUAUAGUUCAAGUUGUUCUUGAUGUCAUCCUUCAGUAUGGUGUUUUGGAUACAUGUGGUGAUUUAUGUGCUAUUGUUGAAUCAAAAACAGGCUCCGGAGUUCUCGGAUUUAUUUGUAACUUUGGUUGUGACUUUUUGGGUCUUGAUGAAUUUAUUAAAUUAAUGAAUAAAGCCGAUAUUGAUCCAAUUUAUUACUGUGAAAAAAUGAACUUUUGCCCAAUUAAUGAUAAUGGUGAUGCGAAAUUUAAAUCUUUUGCCGUUCUUCCACCACGUGCAAAAAUUGGUACUAAAAUUGCUAUUGAUUUCGUUUAUGUAUCAAAAAAUGGAACUGGUACUGGUGAAAUGAUUCUUUCGAUUCAAACUGUUGAUAAAGUUCCACUUUCUGCUGGCUUAUUAGUCGAAGCACAAAAACCUGGUACAUAUGGUGACCGUAUCGCUAUUGAUACUUCUCCAGAUCCAGAGUGUGAUCCUACCGAAAGUCAAUGUGAAGAAUGGUUACAAGGUGUUUAUAAUGUUACAGUAAUACUUUGUAAUGGACAAUGCGGUUCACAUCAUCCACAUUCAGCUAUUUAUGAUACAGCUCAUGGUUCUUUUUCACUUUAUGAAUAG